AAAAGCACCGGUAAUACCAAUGUUAUUAAGAUAGAGAAUUUAAAAUAGUAGAAAUACCAAUCUUUCUUUCGAACAGACAUGCGCAAACGGUAGCUAACAUUAUACGUACGCGCUUCCGUAAAACAGUGACAAAGAUGGCGGUCGCCGGACAAGGCGUCAAAGUUCCCCGCAGCUUUCGGCUGCUGGAGGAACUGGAGGAAGGUCAGAAGGGAGGUGGAGACGGUACAGUGAGCUGGGGCCUCGCAGAUGAUGACGACAUGAUGCUAACUCACUGGAAUGGCAUGAUCAUCGGCCCCGCCAAGACUGUCUAUGAAGGCAGGAUCUACAGUCUGAAAAUAGACUGUGGAUCCAAAUACCCAGAGCACCCUCCUCAUGUCCGCUUUGUGAACAAGAUCAACCUGACUGGUGUGAACAGCUCAAAUGGUGUGGUGGAUUUGAAGGCUGUGUCAGCACUGUCCCGGUGGAAGAACGCCUACAACAUCCGGACCGUGCUGCAGGAGCUGAGACAGCACAUGAUGAUGAAAGAAAACAACAGGCUCUCUCAGCCACCUGAGGGCCAGGUGUACAGCAACUGAGGCUCCUGCUGCUAUCCAUUCCUGUCUGUCACAUGCAAAUACACACGUACAUAUAUACACACACGCAUGCAUGCAUACAUACAUACAACACAAGACUCUCUUCUCCCACUUUCUCCUUCGGGAGCCUUCCAUUGGCUGGAGAGAGGGAUGUGCAGGUGAACCCCACUUCCUCACCCAGUGCCCAAUAAUUCAGUAAGGUUCAUCAGUGCAGACCAGAAAUGACAAAACAAGAAUACUGUACAUUUUACUAAUGUUAUUUUUUAUGAUCUUUGUGUUCUACAUCCAGAUUGUAAAAUAACAAAUGACUUGAUUGAGUGUACCUAUUAUGUGCGUGUUUUGGGCUCUUCAUCUGUGGUGACAGUCCCUGCUGUAUGGGUAUCUUGAGACAAGUAACCAAGUACUUUAGGUCCCAGGAAUAUUUUCAAGGUUCCUUCAGAGUUUUGGUUGCUUGUCGUUCCACCGUGACAAUUAGACAAACUAAGUCCACUGAAGACUGCAGCAAUAGUAAGUGAGCAUGUCUUGCUGCUGCUGCUCUCUGUGAUUUAACACUUUGAAAAUGCAGUCAUUGAGUACAUGUUGGAAAAGAGAGCAGCGGCAGCAACACAUAUUCAAAAUGAUAGAUUAACAAUAUACACAGAUUUCAUGAACUGAUGUGGAGAUUAACCAUUAGAUGACUUGCAGCAAAUGACCAAUCAGAAAUGUCUAUUACUGCAAUCCUGACCUGACUCCCACUCUCUGUUCCCAGUUUGCUGGGAAAGUGGAAAUGUGGCUUUGGUCACGGAUUUGAGUCAACCCACAACUCCACUUCUGUAACCCCAGCUAAAAGAGGGCUCUUAGGUUUUUGGGAUACCUCAAUACUCUGGAUUAUGCUGAAAUCCCUUUCCCUUAAAAAGGGGGGAAAAAAAACACCUCUACC